GCCUCUCCGGACCGCCACAGGUUGCUCAGGUGCCUCUGUUUGCAGAGACUGAAAAUACUGUUGAGAAAACGACAAAAUGAGUAGUCGUCGAAAGCGCGCACCUCCAUCAAAAAUAGAUGAGGAGGAGAAGAAAAAGCUCUGCUGGAAUAUGCAUGAAGACCGGAGGAAUGAGGUGAUAACAUUAGAUGAUGAAAUGACUAAUGAGGACAGUGUUCCAGGUCCAAGCACUUCUUCUGCAUCUUUCAUUGUUAUAAAUGAUGAUAGCACUGAUGAAGAUCUCAUUCAAAAAGGCAGUGGCUCAAAAUCAGUUAAGUUCUUAACAGUUAACGAUGAAGACGACUCUUAUUCCAUCUUGACUCCUGUGUCAGUACAGCUAAAUAUUAUAGUCUUGCCAUACCGUGCAGGUGGGUCCUGGAAAGUUUUGUUGGGAGAAUUUGCUCUUCAUCUUCCUUCUGAGCAAAUUCUAACUGACAAAUUCCAUGAAAGGAGCUUUACUUUGAUGAGAGGAGAGACUGAUGAUCAUCUGCAGGUCUGUGUUCAUGAAAGAAGUGAAGAAGAGUACAGCAAUGAAACAAAAGAAUACCUGGGUGCUUAUGAGCAACGUAUUUUGGUGGAAUCAACUUUAGGUGGUGAAAUAUUAGAAGGCUUGAGAUGGUUGCAAAAGAAAAAGAUAAUUGGACUUUAUCAAAGACCUGGAGAGACUCAAGCUUUAAAGGUUGGAAUUUACCUUCUGGAAGCUGGGCUAAGUAAACCAGAGUUUCUCAGUGAUGGAGGUGGAAGACCCAAAAAAGCUAAUCAGCUGAUUCAGAAACUCAUGGAAAAGUUCUAUAGUUUUUUAAUUCCAGAUGAACUGGAGGAAGAUGAGGAAGAAUCUGACAUGGAAUUGGAGCGACAAAAUAUUGAAGAGCUUUAUGACUUUGUAAGGCACACCCAUCAGCAGGAUAUCCAGUUACUGAGAGAGGAUGUGCAGCAUCCUGCAUUAAUUCCUAUUCUGAGGCCAUACCAAAGUGAGGCUGUGAACUGGAUGCUUCACCGAGAGAACCUCACAAGCGCUCCAAGCAGUGAAAAUGCACUGCACUUCUUAUGGCGGGAGGUCAUCACUCUGGAUGGAGUAAAAAUCUACUAUAAUCCAUUUACUGGCUGUAUUAUCCGUGAAUAUCCAAUUGCUGGACCCCAGUGGCCUGGAGGUAUUUUGGCAGAUGAGAUGGGUCUUGGAAAAACAGUAGAAGUGUUGGCUCUUAUUCUGACUCAUACCCGACCAGACAUUAAACAAGAUGAUCUGACGUUACCUGAGGGUAAGCUUGUGAACUUCUUUGUUCCACCUCAACCUUUAGAAGGAAAUAAAAAGAAAAAAACAAAGGAAAUGGAGCUUAAAUUGAAGGAAAAAAUACAAUAUCCCAGCUUACGAGUGAUGAUAUUAGCAGCUGUAAAGGAAAUGAAUGUGAAGAAAGGAGCAUCCAUUAUUGCAAUAUUUAAAUACAUCAGUGCUAUAUAUAGGUAUGACAUACAGAGAAAUAGACGACUUCUCAAAAGAACUCUAGAAAAACUAAUUGCAGAACAAGUAGUAGAGCAAGUCAAAGGACAUGGUCUGGCUGGGUCUUUCAAGCUGGGAAAGAAUUACAAGGAACAGAAGAGGCGAGAAAGGACCAAAGAGCAGAUAGCAAGGACUUCAGAAAGCAUUCAGAAGAAGCAGUUGACUGAUGCUAAAACUAAAACCAAAGAAUCAAGAAAUAGUGAUGUCAUUUCCGAAAAUGUUCUUAAAACCCCUUUACGGGUGGAUAUCACCAUGGAAGAACAUGAUUAUUGUACAACUAGCAAAAACAACAGGAAAUCUGAAGCAGAUCAGGAGAACUCUGUAAAAAAUUUGCAUGGCAGCCUCCUUGUCUCCAGUGACAUGAGCAGUAAUCCUGAUCUUGAUGUUUCUAAAACUACGGCUGAUGUCCAGCAGGAAACCCCAAAGGACCAGUCCUCACAUUCCCAAGAACGUGCUGGCAGUAGCAUACAACAUACCAGUUCUGUAUUUCCAUUUAAUACCUCUGAAUAUCGUUUUGAAUGCAUCUGUGGUGAGCUUGGACUGGCUGACUAUAAAGCUCGUGUGCAGUGCCUGAAAUGUUACUUAUGGCAGCAUGCAGAAUGUGUAAACUACAAAGAGGAAAACCUGAAGAUCAAGCCCUUCUACUGUCCCCAUUGCCUUGUGGCAAUGAAACCAGUUUCCACAGGAGCAACUCUGAUAAUUUCUCCGAGUUCUAUUUGUCAUCAGUGGGUAGAUGAGAUCAAUAGGCAUGUGAGAUCAUCUUCUCUUCGAGUUCUGGUGUAUCAAGGUGUGAAGAAGCAUGGCUUUUUGCAGCCACACAUGUUGGCAGAGCAGGAGGUGGUUAUUACUACAUAUGAUGUCCUCCGCACUGAACUGAACUAUGUAGAUAUACCCCACAGUAACAGCGAAGAUGGGCGCCGUUUCAGGAACCAGAAGCGGUACAUGGCCAUCCCAAGCCCCUUAGUAGCAGUGGAGUGGUGGAGGAUCUGCCUUGAUGAAGCACAAAUGGUUGAAUGCACUACUGCAAAGGCUGCUGAAAUGGCACUCCGGUUAAGUGGAAUCAAUCGCUGGUGUGUCAGUGGCACUCCUGUGCAGCGUGGAUUAGAAGAUCUGUAUGGAUUAGUCCUUUUUCUUGGAGUUGAUCCUUACUGGGUCAAACGUUGGUGGGACCAACUUUUAUAUCGACCUUAUUGUAGGAAAAAUCCCCGGCCUCUCUACAGUCUAAUUGCCAAGAUAAUGUGGAGAUCGGCAAAGAAGGAUGUGAUUGACCAAAUUCAAAUCCCCCCUCAGACAGAAAAUGUACACUGGCUUCACUUUUCUCCUGUGGAGAGACACUUCUAUCAUCGCCAGCACGAGGUGUGCUGCCAGGAUGCAUUGGCAAAACUCAGGAAGAUUUCAGACUGGACUCUUAAGCUUAGUAGCCUAGAUAGAAGGACUGUGACUUCUAUUCUGUACCCUUUGCUGCGGCUGAGGCAGGCGUGCUGUCAUCCACAAGCUGUUCGGGGAGAGUUCUUGCCAUUACAGAAAAGCACCAUGACCAUGGAAGAACUGCUAAUGUCUCUGCAGAAGAAAUGUCGAACGGAGUGUGAGGAAGCUCACCGACAGUUGGUGUGUGCUCUUAAUGGCUUAGCUGGUAUCCACAUCAUUAAAGGAGAAUACGCAUUGGCCGCAGAGCUGUACAGAGAAGUGUUACGAUCAUCUGAAGAGCACAAAGAAAAGCUUAAAACAGAUUCCUUGCAAAGACUUCAUUCUACACACAAUUUGAUGGAAUUGUUGUUGGCAAAGCACCCAGGAAUUCCCCCAACUUUGCGCGAUAGCCGACUUGCAGAAGAGGCAGAACAGCUUCGACAGCAUUAUAUGAGUAAAUCCAAUGCAGAAGUUGCAGAAGCCCAUCAGGCCUUACAGCCAGUUUUUCAGACCAUUCGGGAGCUCCAGAGAAAGAUACAUUCAGGUUCUCCUUGGUGGCUGGAUGUCAUCCAGACAGCAAUACAUUAUGCCAUUGAUGAGGAGCUUGUUCAGCGUGUGCAAAAUGAAAUAACCAGCAACUACAAACAGCAGAUUAAUAAACUCUCCAUGGCAGAGAAAUUCCGUGACUGCAGAGGCCUUCAAUACCUGCUCACAACCCAGCUGGAUGAAGUGAAGAAGUUCCAGAAGAUUGUAAGAGAAGCAGUGAAAAACUUAGAAGGCCCUCCCUCUAAGCAGGUUAUUGAGGCUGCCACUAUCUGCCAUUUGCGACCUGUUAGACUUCCACUUAACAACUGUGUCUUUUGUAAGGCUGAUGAGUUGUUCACAGAAUACGAGUCGAAGCUCUUUUCUCAUACUGUUAAAGGCCAAAUGGCAAUAUUUGAGGAGAUGAUAGAAGACGAAGAAGGGCUUGUUGAUGACCGUUUGCCCACCACGAGUAGAGGACUGUGGGCGACCAGUGAAACUGAACGUGCCUUGAAAGCUAUUCUCUCCUUUGCCAAAGCUCACCGAAUGGAUGUUAAGCUAACUGAAGAAGGCAGCAUAUUUCUGGAACUCUUUGAAGCAUGGAAAAAGGAAUAUAAGUUACUUCAUGAAUAUUGGAUGGUACUGAGGGAUCACGUGUCUGCUAUUGAUGAACUGGCAAUGGCUACAGAACGAUUGAGAGUGCGUCAUCCUGAUGAGCCAAAACCAAAUCCACCAGUUCUCCACAUCAUAGAACCGCAUGAGGUAGAGCAAAAUCGAGUGAAACUUUUGAAUGACAAGGCAGUUGCCAAAUCACAGCUUCAAAAGAAAUUAGGACAACUUCUGUAUCUCACUAAUCUGGAGAAAUCUCAGGAUAAAACUACUGGGGGAGUUAACCCAGAACCAUGUCCAAUCUGUGCACGUCAACUGGGAAAACAGUGGGCAGUGCUGACGUGUGGACACUGUUUUUGUAAUGAGUGUGUAGCUAUCAUCAUAGAACAGUACAGCGUUGGCACCCGCCGGAGCUCCAUUAAAUGUGCCAUUUGCAGGCAGACAACAUCUCAUAAAGAAAUAUCGUAUGUCUUCACUGCAGAAACUGCAAAUCAGGAGGAUGAUAUUCCGGUAAAGGGAAGUCACUCCACCAAAGUGGAAGCUGUGGUCCGAACACUGAAGAGAAUUCAAUUUAAAGAUCCAGGGGCUAAAUCCUUAGUUUUCUCAACGUGGCAAGAUGUGUUGGACAUAAUUUCAAAAGCUUUGUAUGACAACAACAUGAUUUUUUCUCAGAUCAAUGGAAUUAGUAAAUUUCAGGAAAAUCUCUCUGCAUUUAAAUAUGAUCCCAACAUCAAUAUUUUGCUGCUGCCUCUUCACACUGGUUCCAAUGGACUAAACAUCAUUGAAGCAACUCAUGUUCUGCUUGUGGAACCCAUUCUGAAUCCUGCGCAUGAGCUACAGGCUAUUGGAAGAGUACAUCGCAUUGGCCAAACAAAAUCUACCAUUGUUCAUAGGUUCCUGAUAAAAGCAACAAUAGAAGAGAGAAUGCAAACUAUGCUGAAAACUGUAGAUAGAAGCCACACGAGCUCUUCCAUGAAACAGUCAGAAGCCUCAGUUCUGACAGUGGCAGAUUUGGCUGACCUUUUUACGGAGGAAACUGAAGAACUUGAGUAAAAACAUUGGUUUGGCCUAAUGAAAUCAGAAAGUACCUGACCUAAUAAGCAGUGCUAUAGAAUCCACUUGAUCUGCCAUUCCUGUAAACAUCAUCUAACAUUUGUCCAUAACAGAGCUAUUGGAAAUUGAAAAGUCUUAAUUGUUACUGUUUGAUUAUGUGGUGAUGUUCUUAGCAGCAUACACUUCUCAUAGCACUGGAGAAAACUUGCACUUUGCACAUUAUACAAAAACAUGGAUUUUAUUCCCAAAGAGCAUUUGAGCUGGAUGCUAAAACUGAGAUCUUGCUCACUGCAGGGGGGUUGGACUAGACGAGCCCUAAAGGUCCCUCCCAACCCAAAAUGUUUUAUGAUUCUAUCUUGGACCCUUGGCUGAGAGGAUUUUUACCAUCAGGUUUGGUCGGCUAGUAGCUCUGUCUGAGAGCAAAACUAUGUGGGUGGUUGGGUGGGAAAGGGAAACAGAAAAACACAAAUCUAAUUUUUUUUACUGUACAAAGAAUCAUUAGAAAGAAUGACUGUAAAUUAAUGUUCUUCUAGAAAGGGCUUGUUAGCAUUUAAUGCAGAGUUACUGAACGUCUUACUGGUAACACUUUAAAUGACUAAACUUUACUAAUAAAUUGGAUAUUUGUAUUAGGCUUUUAGAUAUUCGUAAAGACUUGUGACAGUUAAAAAUUUCAUUGUUAAUGCUUACUGCAAAGUUAUGAUAAUUAAAUUAUGCUUUUUCUAUGUGUGUUGGUCUGGUAAUCUGUUAAAUACUUGAACUUACUGUACAUGUUUUCACUUAUUCUUGAAGCCAUGAUUAGUGCUUUGUUUUUUAAAAAAAAGUAUUUGUUACAGGAUUUUUAAAAAAUGAAUUGGUUAAGAAGCUGAUCACUUUAUAAUAAUUUGGCGCUUGUGUACAUUUUCUCACCCUGUUCUUUUUGUCUAGUUCUCCCCUGUAAAGAUGCAGCAAUCUAUAUAUUCCAAAUAGAUGAGGUGAAGGUAGGCAGUCUAAUUGUUAGGUACCUAGUCUAAGUUAGAUAAUCAGUGGAGAGAGAUGAACUCUUGUGGAACUUCAUCCUUAGAUAUAUGAGGUCACUCUACCCCAUCUCUAUUGACAGUAAAGAGUUUAGAAAACAAAUCUAGGUUAAGGUUUAGACUGCUGAAAGUAGGCAAGAUAAAUUUUAAGCCUUUUGGCAUAGGUUAUAGAUACACAUUUGCUGAAUGUGUUACAGAGGCAAGCUCAGUUAUGCAGUUGGUGUUAGACACAAUUUUGUGUUUAGAGACUGGGUAAAUGUAUAUGCAUAAGCAACAGGCUACUUCCCUCAAAUUACGAUAUUUACUGUUGCAGUAGACAAUGUUUUUUGUAUAUUUUAGAAAUCUUACUUGAGGCUGAAAUUAAAAAUGAGUCCUUUAAGAAAUAUCAUCUUAGAAUUUUUACUCUCUAAUCAUGUCUGCUAAAUAGAUUUGCCAUAUAGUUACUGAGCUUCUUGGGUUCCGUUUUCAGUCAUACUACACUUGAGUUGCACCGUUUGUGUAUUAAGGCUAUCUGCAUGGCAGACAACUUUGCUGCUGCUGACCACAAAUGGAAAUAGAGUUUACAUGACUAAUAUUGUAUCAAGAAGUGGGGUUUUGGCGCUUGUAGUCCGUUGUCCUUCUGGACUGAUUAGAUACUUUGUUCUAAAGACUGAGUAAAUUUACAGACAAUAUAUCUUUAUUUCCCAUAUUUGUAAUAUGUAUUAGUCUUAUUUAUACAUUUUGUUUUGGAGAUUAAUGAUUUUUUGCAGAUUACAGUUUGCAGCAAGAGGAAAUAGAAUAGAUAGUAGACUUCCUUUUUUUAAUGAGAUUGAUCAAACAGUUUGCACAGGGACUGUGACAUCUUCAUCCUUGAACAUAUUGGGAACUCAAAUGACCCUGAGCAACCUGAUCCAGCUUCAAAGUUGGCCCUACUAUGAGUGCUGUGUUGGACCAGAUGACCUCCAUGGAUCCCUUCCAGCCUAAAUUAUACUACAGUGUACUGGAGAUCAUGCUGUACAGACGCUCCAGGAACAAUGAGGGCAGCAACAUUUCAGUUUCCUCAUUGUCCUCAGAGAAUUUUAAUAUUGUAUGACAUAACGUGACUGAACAAGGAGCUGCUGUCCACUCUGAGACAUGAUUUAUCUAUGUUAAAAACUGUGGAAGCACACAGUGUUUACAUUCAUAGCUCCCAUUUUAAAUAACUCAAUGUGGGAAUAAUAGUUGUCAGUGAACGUGAAGACAGAGAAGGAAACUGAAAAAUAUCUGCUAUGAGAGGUUUCUCAAGCUCUGCAAGUUUUUGGCUUAUUUAUAUGAAGAUGGUGGUUUCAUUGUUUAUUUACAAAAAUGUGGCUUGUGGAUUCCUAACCAAAAGCAUAGCUUCUCAUUAAGCAGUGCGUGAGUCUUUCGUCCUGGCUUAUUUAUUUUUUAUGCUCAUGUAACAGCAUGGAAUGCCAGAGAUCUGGUUCUAGGCGCUCUACCAACUGUGCUGAAGCACCAGGACCUAGAGCUCUGGAGGUAUAACAUUAAAAUGUGUGUAUGCUAGUUGUGUUAAAGCACCUCUUGAAAUUGGAAGGGACCAUUGGAAUAUACAGC